AUGGCCUACACGAUCACUGCUGUCUUCCCAAAUAAUGCGGAUGCCAAAUAUGAUAUUGAUUAUUAUGCGAGAAAACAUAUGCCCCUUAUCGAGAAACGUUGGUCGCAGUACGGUCUCAAGAACUAUGAGGUCUUUUGGGAGAACGAGGAAGGAAUGAAGAAGGCUUUCGAAUCUGCCACGGUCGCAGAGAUCAUGGCAGAUGUUCCCCGCUUCAGCAACAAGCCUCCGAUUUUCUUAGUCGGUCAGAUAAUUAAGCCAGCGUCUAUGCUCUGA